GUAUUGUUAUUAUUCUAAAUGACAACUCUGUUUUUGAUCCAAUGUUUACAAAAAUAACUACACCUGAUAAAUACACAAAAAAGUUUUUAAUUUUCUUAAAAAUUUAAACAAAAGACCUGGAAAAUUAUGAGUGAUACCGACAACACCAAUAAGCCCUAUGAAAAUCAUUUACUCAAUAAUGUCAUCACCAAUGCCCGCAAUGUAAAUGAAAAAAAUCUGUCCCCGGGACGCCGUAAUCUUCGAAGAUGGUUAGGCAAACCUUUUCGUGUGGUAAUAACCGAUGGUCGUGUUCUGGUGGGUUUCUUUAAUUGUACCGACAAAGAUGCCAAUAUAGUACUAUCCAUGUGUGUAGAAUUUCUAGAGGAUGGUAAAGAUGCUCGUAUUUUAGGUAAUGUUAUGAUACCCGGCAAACAUAUAGUCUCCGUAUCAGUGGAUAUGCCCAAGGAGGAAGUGUAUGCUGCUUAAGAAAUAAUAAUAAACAAAUCUUAUUAUGUAUAAUAUAGAUUUUUUAUUAAAUUAUUAGAAAACAUCAACA